CACCAUCUUGAUAUGAGGAUGUCAUCAGACAUGUGCUAGAGCCCUCACUAUACUCACACAGGCCACCAACAAGAGUUUCAAGGACUGACAUAGUGCGAGGAUCCCUGCGGUUGGUACAGGCAUUUUUACAAUUCGCACAAUAUUCCAAAUAUGGCAAAUCUUAUAGUUACUCCAGAAACCGGUCUGGCUGAUGAGCAUGUGCAUAUUAAGGCAUCAGGACUGCAACCCAAUCAACUGGCAACCAUUCGUUUAACACUUCACGAUGAAAAGGGAAAUGUCUUCCAGUCACGAGCAUUUUACAAAGCUGAUGUAGAAGGGCAAAUUAACCUGGAUAGUAAUCCAGCUCUUGGUGGAAACUACCAAGGAGUACAUCCUAUGGGACUGUUAUGGUCAUUGAAGCCUCUAAAACCAUUUCAACGACCUGUUAUAAAAGAUGUGAAAGCUGGCCCAUUUCUUUACACGGUGGAUCUUUUUGAGUAUUUAUCAGUAGGGUUAGGUGCUGCUGAGGCACAACCCACCUGCAGUGCUAAAUUUAAUAGGUGGCACAUAGCUGCUGAUGUACAAAGGACCCAGAUCCGUGACGGUAGACUUCGAGGUACCAUUUUUUCCCCUGCAGGAAAGGGUCCAUUUCCUGGUAUCAUCGACAUGUUUGGUGGAGGAGGUGGCCUUGCAGAAUACCGAGCUAGUCUUCUUGCCAGUCGUGGGUUUGUGGUUUUUGCGCUGGCAUAUUUUGGAUAUGAAGAUCUUCCACGCUCAUUCCAAAAACUAGAUUUAGAAUAUUUUGAAGAAGCUACAAAUUUGCUCCUGAAACAUCCUAAGGUUGCUGGACCUAAACUUGGAGUUCUGGGUGUCUCAAAGGGUGCAGAGAUUGGCCUUUUGCUGGCUUCGUAUUUACCACAAAUUGGAGCUACUGUGAGCAUUAAUGGUAGCUGUAAUGUAUAUGGUGGCACAAUUUACCAUAGAGGUAAGGUUCUCAUUAAAGGAGCACCCUACAUAGCAGAGAAGACAGUGAUCACCAAAGAAGGAUUUAUGAGCACUGCUGGGUUAUAUGAGCCACGUGCAGAUUCACUCAUUCCAGUAGAAAGAGCCUCUGGACACAUACUUUUCUUAGCUGGCGCUGCUGAUCAAUAUUACAAUAGUCAACAGUUUGCUCAAUUCCCCUUCUAUAGAUUAAUGAGGAAUGACAGAACUAAAAGCAGGAUGAUAACUUAUCCAGGAGCUGGCCAUUUGAUUGAACCCCCAGGGUUCCCUUUUUCCUAUGCCUCACUUCUUCGUGGGCAAAACCUGCCUCUGUUGUAUGGUGGAGAGAUGAUUCCUCACUGCCAAGCUGAGGAUUCGAUUUGGAAAGAGAUUCAAGUUUUCUUUCGGCAGCACUUGCUGCCCUCUAGCAAUUUGUGACCUAAGCCCUUUUCUCAUGAGGUGGCCUCCGCCAGGAGUCCACUUGCUCAGUGGGGGGGGGUCUGUCUGCUGAUCCCCGCUGAGCAGGUAGAUGGCUGGUCAGUGACCGAUCCGCUUAUGCAGAGUGGACACCCCGCUCUCCACUAUGGGCGGUCGGAUAUAAACGGACCGCCUCCCCAUUUACACCCAACUGCCAUCCAAACCGAUAGAUGCCUGUUUUUAGCAAGCUGAAGCAGAACCAGAAGCUAAAAGUCUGACCUAUUUAAAGCUACAGCCACUACUUCCAUUAGACAUGUAUUCCGCUUUCUCAAAAUGUAGGUUUUAUUGCUUUCAGGCAGCUGACCAAAGGGUAUUAAAUGCUUUCUGGAAAAUUGUUUAGGAAAACUUGGUGAUAAUGCUUCUAUGUUGGUUGUCAUGACUAGUUAAAUGAGAACUGUAAGUUGAUUUUUUUAACAAUACAUUUCAGAGAAUGUACCUAGUAACCUAAUGGCAUGCAAAAUAAAAGUAUAUAAAAUAACAUUAUGGAAAUGUAAAAACGAAAUAAAUUGUAAUAAACUGUGAUUAAAACAUGCAUUGAUGCUCUCCAUCAGAAAUAAACAUAUCAUGUAUUUUAAAUGCAA